UUCCUAUAUAAAGAAUUUUAUGUAGAGUGAAGGGAAAUCGUAUCUCUCUUCCGUUAUCCUAUAUUUACGAUUUUUACGGAAUUGUUACACAAUUUUCUCGGAAUUGUGUUCCAGGCCGUCCAGAAAAAAGGCAACAGAAAAUGACGAGCCCAGUCGUAAUCUCGGCCACGGCUAAACACUCGGCUACGUUAAUAUUUUUCCAUGGAUUGGGUGAUACAGGACAUGGUUGGGCUAGUUCAAUGGGUGCUGUACGAUCCCCUCAUAUUAAAGUCAUUUGUCCUACUGCGCCUACGAUGCCAGUGACACUUAAUACAGGGUUUAGAAUGCCUUCCUGGUUUGAUCUACGAUCUCUAGACUCUAGUGGCCCAGAGGAUGAAGAAGGUAUACGUAAAGCUGCUGAUAUGGUUCACUCAUUAAUAGCAGAAGAAGUUGCUGCUGGAAUACCUACCACACGCAUUGUUCUUGGAGGAUUUAGUCAAGGUGGAGCACUAGCCAUGUACAGUGCCCUUACAUUCCCAGAGCCUUUAGCUGGUAUCGUAGCGUUGUCCUCAUGGCUUCCUUUACAUCAAAAAUUCCCAGCGGAAGCGAUAGGCAAUAAAAACACUCCAUUAUUGCAAUGUCACGGCGAUUGCGAUCCAAUAGUGCCAUAUAGAUGGGGUCAAAUGACAGCAUCUCUUCUGAAACAAUUCAUGACACAAACAGAAUUUAAAACUUAUAGGGGAAUGAUGCAUACCUCUUCUGAGGAGGAAAUGCGCGAUAUAAAGAAAUUCAUUGAGAAGGUACUGAAGCCGUAAUAGAUCGAAUUAAACAUUCAUCGAUAUUUUAAUGGCUACCUUCAGCAUCUAAUUGUACAUUAUACUGAAAUUAUUCCAAUUUUGCAAUUAUUUAAAUUUACAUCAAAUUAUAUAAUUAUAAUAAAUUGCAUAAAAUUUAAAAACGUUAAGUAGAAAAUCGUUAAAAAUAUCUUCUGAGAUAUGAGAGAUGCAGUACUAUAUAGGAAAAUAUACACUUAAACUUCAAUAGUUUAGUGUACCAAAGUAUUCAUGUAGCAAUACUACAAAUUAAUCCAUGUGGUUCUUAAUCCUUUUAGUACGCAUCUAUAAUUUAUUGGUAAAAAAAAAAAUUAUUUUUGAUUUAUAACAUCUAAUAUAUACCAUAU